UGAGUUCCUGAUAAGGGAUGGCGUAUUUAAAUUCUAUGUAGAAUAUUUUCGUCUCAGAAAUAAAACCACAUUCAUCCGAGACGAACAUAUAGGUUAACAAAUUCAAAAAUGCGUUUAAUUUUCAUUUUCGGUGUUUUCAUUCUACUUUAUUGCAAUGCAUUUACCUAUACGGCGCAUCCCUCGAGCAAAAAUGUUCUUUUUAUAUUAGAUAAAGUGAAUCCGACCGAAUACGACCUGGCUUGGCUAAAAACAAGAACACAAAAUCUGUUUUCCAGAUGUGAUCAAAACGGCUUUGAUUUCUCGAUCAAGAGAAUGUGGUUUCUACCUCAAAUCAACACGCGUAACUCGAUUCCCACAACUUCCGAAUCAACGUUGAGAACUCUUCUGACACAAUUAGAACGUUCUCCAUCGUAUUCUGUAAUCUAUGUCAUUACAAAUGUGACCACGCCUAGCGAUAAUACCCCACUGGACGAUAUUUUGGAAAAAAUACAAAUCAAAAGAACAGAGGUCAACUUUCUCAUUGGAACACAGUUGUCUUCCCAAGAUAAUGGAACCGACUCCCUCAAAAAGUAUGCAACGAUUACGUCCGUGAGCAACGGAUACAUAAUGGGUCCAGAAUCGUUUCUAUUCGAUGAGUCCAGGUUCACAGAUUCCAUGUAUCUGAGGUUAACAUCUCUUCCUUUAGAAGUAACCCUUCCAGCAGUCGUACGCAAAGAUAACCAAACAUACUGCGCAGACGUGGAUUCAUUAGCAGAUAGAGAUAGGAUCGAAGCUUUGAAUUUAGACUUGUACGAAACGAAUGCAGAUAUGCCUAGAACCAGCCAAAUUAAAUGGCAAAUGGCAGUGACCCCUUUGACACAUACUAUCCAGAAUUGUGACGACUCUUACUACAAAAGAAUGAAUACCAUGGAGUUAUCUGACGUGGUUGCCGAAGGCUUUACCAGAAAAUAUUUCGACUACGAUUAUGGGUUUUCUACGGAAGAGGUUCGUUAUUUAAACGAGACCUAUACACGACCAAUACACGGAACACAAACCCAACUUUACGUAUCCUUCGUUGACGAAAACGUCGAAUAUGAAUUUGAUCAUUUCGAGAUACUGUUCGUGAAUGGAAGUUCUUACGGAGAAAAGAUCCUUCUGCAGCCGAUUCCAGAAACGAAUUUAUACACCGGAUCAUUUUUACCGCCAAACGGAUAUUUUUACAUACAAGUAACGAUUAAUGCGGCAGACAGAGUAGUCAAUCGAUUAUCAUCUACUGCAAUGAGCGCUGCGGAAGGAUUCGGAGAAGAUCAUCGUAAUCCAAUUUUCGAAUACAAACCAACAUUCAAAUUGCCUACAUCGACUACUUCGAAAGAUAACCCCGGCUUUGAUUAUUAUUAUUACAUUAAGAUAACUUUGACAGUAAUCGCAACAAUCGUAGUAUACGGUGCUGCUGCCUGGUUAGGAUGGGCCUGUGGUCAUUAUAUAACUAAAUAUCUCAUACUCAAAUAUUGCAUGCCCAACAAAGAAACAGAGAAACGAUCAGAUGUCGAAAAAGCUCACUAUCGAGCGGUGCCAAAGGGCGAUGUUCCUUACGAAGUCCUCAAGGUAUAAUCUUUUCAACUGACACAUAUCUAUCGACCAGUUUUAUUCCAUUAUAGAGCCUCCAGCGAGUUUACAAUCUUCUCCAGACAUUUCAAAUUGCUGUGAAAAGGCUCGAACGAACUUGAAUUGAAUCCUAAAAAACACUCCUUCGAUCAUUUAAAAUUAAUUUUUACAAAAUUAUUUCUUUGUAUGACUUACAUCAGUUCAAAAAGAAUUUUUCAUCAACUUGCAAAUCUCUUCCCCCACCCAAAAUGAGGAAUCCUUACUUUAUACAGAAUACUAGUUGUCCAGGUACCAUCUGAUGUUUCCACAACUCUGACUAAAACACGAUGGCUUUUAGAAGGUAUACCUACUUCGGAGUCUACACAGCAAUUUGAAAUUGUUACAAAAAUUUGAUCAUAUUCGUAGGAACUCGCUGGUAGAGUAAUUGGUUAAAAAAUAAAGGAAAUGAAAAUUUAUAGCAUGAAAUUCCUGACAGAUACUCUGUAUCUAACUACCUAUUCGAUUUUCUCUAUGAUAUUUCGAUUUUAUGAUAUUUUAAAUGGAUAAAAAUUGAGAAACUCAAUUUCAUCGAAUCGUUCGUUAUUUCGGAACCUAAGGUAGUAGGUACAGGUUUUCCUGAACAUGUACAAAAAUGUUGAUUCUAGUUUUUUAAUAUUUUAAGAUUUCGAUCGUAUAUUAUUAUUAUAACAUAAAUAAAUUUACAGAAUACUGCAUAAAUGUA